UGAAAGUAAUAUAUCAUAGCUUAUUUAAGGGACGCUUAUGCCUUGAGGUUAUCAACCAAACAACUCUUCAAGUUAGCUCAGCCUUCACCAUGAUUUCACAAAUCCUGUCUCUUCCAUUGCCAAUUUUGUUCUGCUUGUUUUUCUUAAUCUUAUUGGUAAUAUGGAAGAAACUGAAAACCAGCAAUAGCAAGCUUCUAAACCUACCCCCGGGACCACGGAAGUUUCCCAUCAUCGGAAACAUACCCCAGUUAAUAGGUGGUCUGCCCCAUCAUAAACGCAAAGAGUUGGCAGACAAAUAUGGACCAGUCAUGCAUUUACAGAUCGGAGAAGUUCCGACAGUUGUAGUGUCUUCAGCAGAAAGUGCAAAACAAGUGCUGCAAACUCAUGACAUUAUCUUUGCAAAUAGGCCCUUAAUCUUGGCUGCAGAUGUCAUGUUUUAUAAGGCAGCGGACAUUGGUUUUGCACGUUAUGGGGAAAGCUUCAAGCAACUGAAGAAAAUUUGCAUGUUAGAGCUGUUUAGCCCGAACAGUGUCCAGUUGUUCCGCCCGAUCAGGGAACAAGAGACAUCAAAUCUGAUGAGAUCUGUUACCGCUGGUGCAGGAUCUCCGAUCAACCUUACCAAAAUGUUACAUUUCUUAUCGUGUACGAUUAUCGUACGAGCAGCCUUUGGCGACAAAUGCCCGAUGGAUCGAGAAGCAUUCAUACCACUUGCCCAAGAUGUUUUAAAGGCUGCAUCUGGUCUUUGCAUCGCGGACCUGUUUCCUUCUCUGAAAUGGCUCCAUGGGAUUGCCGGUUUUCAGUAUGGACUCAGAAAUCUGCACAAAAAAAUUGAUCUUGUGCUUGAGAAGAUAAUCAAUGAACAUAGGAUUCUCAGAGCUCAAAAUAAUACCGAUAAAAACAAAAACUUAGUCCAUGUUCUGUUAAAUUAUCAAGAGCAAGGGAACCUUGAACAUCCCUUAACCAUCGAAAAUAUCAAAGCGGUUAUACUGGACCUUUUCAUUGCAGGGACCGAUACAUCUUCUAUAACUACGGAAUGGGUCAUGUCAGAAUUAAUAAAAAAUCCAAAAGUGAUGCAGAAAGCGCAAGCAGAGGUUAGAAAAGUUUUUGACGGCAAAAGAAAUAUUGAUGAAACAAUGAUUAGUGAAUUAACGUAUUUGAAGUUAGUUAUCAAAGAAUCGCUAAGAUUACACCCUUCUGUUCCGCUCCUAGUUCCAAGAGAAUCUUCCAAGCAUUGCGAAAUCGGUGUAUAUGAUAUUCCGGCCCAGACCAGAGUGUUUGUAAACACAUGGGCGCUAGGAAGGGAUCCUAAAUAUUGGUUUGAAAGUGAAAAGUUUUUACCAGAGAGAUUUAUCGACAAUCCAAUCAAUUUCAAAGGAGGAAAUUUCGAAUUUUUGCCAUUCGGUUCGGGAAGAAGGAUAUGUCCGGGCUACUUAUUUGGCCUGGCAAGUGUGGAGCUUGUACUAGUACAUUUAUUGUACUAUUUUGAUUGGGAACUUCCCGACGGGGAGAAGAAAGAAGAUUUGGACAUGGCUGAAGAGUUUGGCGCAGUGACUACUCGAAAAAAUAAUUUAUACUUAAUUCCUAUCCCAUGCCAUGAGUUUCCAACUGACUAGACAAAUGAAAGAGUACCACAUGUGUUCUAAAUCUAAAUAAGAAAAUAUUGUUCUAAAUAAUAACUUAUGAUGAUGGGGUGUUUGUGUGCAAUUAUGAAACUUUGAAGUCUUCUUUUGUUUUUCUUCCGUUGUAAAAGAAAGGAUUGAUUAUUAAAGUAUCAUUUAUAUAAAUCUACAUAUAAAUUACUGUUUUGUA